GUCCAUCCCCCUCGCAGAGACAGAGAGACUAGAACCUUCCACAACCCAAGUCAGAGACGACAGCGAGUCCGAUAAAUCCCCUAAAUCUCCAAAUUUAGGGUUUUCUUUUUGUUUUUCAUGAAUUAGGGUUCUCUCCUUUCCUUCAAACCCUAACUAACAAAUACAAAACCAUGGCGGAGCACUUAGCUUCAAUCUUCGGUACUGAGAAAGACCGAGUUAAUUGUCCUUUCUACUUCAAGAUUGGCGCAUGCCGUCACGGCGAUCGAUGCUCUCGCCUCCACAACCGCCCCACCAUCUCUCCCACUCUCUUAUUAUCCAACAUGUACCAGCGUCCUGACAUGAUUACUCCUGGCGUCGAUGCUCAAGGUCAGCCACUUGACCCGCACAAGAUCCAGGAGCAUUUUGAAGAAUUUUACGAGGAUAUUUUUGAAGAACUGAACAAAUUUGGCGAGAUCGAGAGCCUCAAUGUUUGUGAUAAUCUCGCUGAUCACAUGAUCGGUAACGUUUAUGUUCUGUUCAAGGAGGAAGACCAAGCUGCAGCCGCUUUGCAAGCUCUUCAAGGACGAUUUUACUCUGGUCGCCCAAUCAUUGCUGAUUUCUCUCCCGUCACUGAUUUUCGUGAAGCUACCUGCAGGCAGUUUGAGGAGAAUAACUGCAAUCGUGGCGGUUAUUGUAAUUUUAUGCACGUGAAGCUGAUUGGGAGGGAUUUGCGGAGAAAGUUGUUUGGAAGAUAUCGUGGAUAUAGGGUUAGUAGGAGUCGGAGUAGGAGUGUGAGUCCUAGGAAGAGGGAGAGAGAUUAUGAUAGGCGUGAGAGGGAUUACAGGGACAGAGAUCGAGACAGAGACCGUGAUUAUCGUGGAAAUGGGAGGAGGAAUGACAAGUAUGACAGAGAGGGAGGGAGAAAAAGACAUGGGAGUACAGUUAGGGAAGGCAGUGAGGAACGAAGGGCUAGGAUUGAGCAAUGGAAUAGAGAGAGGGAGGAGAAACAAUAAUUUGAAGAGGGAGUGUUGUUUUGGUUGGACUAGGAGUGGAGAUGUAUGCUGGCAUUUUUCUCCUAUUGUGGGAAGGCCAUUGUGGUGGGUUCAAGAAACUGGAAUUGUGUUUGGAUCACUUAGGAAGGUCCCAUGUUUUGGUAUUUUGUUUUUGGUGACAUGGAUUUGAUGUGUGUCAUGUUGAUCAAUGCUGUUAACUUGAGGCUGGCCCAAGAUCCAGAAUAGUCUAGGAUGUUGAAGUCCUGAAGCACCAAGAACAAGUGGAACUAACCAAACUGUCUUGCUGGAGUUGGGACCCAGCCAAACUCGCAACAUUUUAUGCAUCUAACUACUCUCAUGAGUUCUUCUAUAUCAUUUUAAACAUGUAUUGAGAUGCAUGGUGCCUUAUUAGGUUUUUAGAUAAUCUGUGCUCAUUAUAUUCAAGGGUGGAUUGAUAAAAUAGUUAUAUACUAUGUUAACUCUAGGUAGUGUUAUGAGUUGCAUGAAACUGCUACUUUACCUCGGGUCUUGAUUUAAGAGCAGUGUUUUGUCCAUGCUAUGAAAUGCAUGUAUGUAAUCCCUGAGAAGUUCGAUGAUGGAGCAUGGACUAGUAUCGAUUUUCUGUUAGCUGUCUAGUUUUUGGACCGGGAUUUUCCUUUUGGGUCGUGGUUAGGUUUUUUAGAGACAAGGUUUUAGUCAGGGCAUUUGGUUAACUUUGAUCCACAAAUACUUGACAGUGGUGCUCAAAAGGCUAAAGCAUUGCAUUCAUGUUUAUAAAGGUCCACCCUGUACUAAAUUUAUUUGGCAACUUUUAUGUUUUUAUUGGACUUGAAAUCACCACUU